AUGUCGGCCGAAGUAGAAACGAAUAAUAAUGACAUUGGAGAGGAAGUGGACGAUCUUUUUGGAGAUUCGGAUCCUCAAACUGCUCAGGAGCCUGGAUUGGAGGACGAGGACUCUCAAAGUGGCAGCGAUAAUGAUGACGAGGAUAAAGAAGAAGAAGUUGAACAAAAGAUAUUGGACGUUUCUAUGCCCCGACAUGCCGUGUCUUUCAAGGCAGACAAUGAUACGUACUUGUUAAAAAUGCCUGUUUUCUUGAAUGUCGAUGCUCAUCCAUUUGAUCCUAGUGAAUUCAAGCAGAAAGUGCAGCAAAAUUUCGAACAACGUAAGAAAAGUGACAUGAGUCUGAAGCAGAUACACAACGAUUUGGUGGCCGAAAAGCUUCUUAAUGAUAACACAGUACGGUGGAGGUACUCCAAUCGAGGAGAUGAUGAGAUUAUCAAGCAAUCCAAUGCGCAUUUCAUACAGUGGGACGAUGGAAGUCUCUCGCUUAAGAUUGGAAACGAGCUAUUUGACUACAAGACGCUUCCUAUAACCGACAAUUUCUUAGUGCGGGCCCACGACGAUUUGGAAAUCUUGCAAAAUGAUGCCAUUUUAACCAAACUGGUGAACUUGUUGCCCACAUCCACCACGGCAUCGACACACAGAAAGUUGACCCAGGCGGUGAAAAACAUACAAAGAAAAGAUACCAUUUUAAACACCAUAACCGAGAACGACCCUAUGAUGAAGCAGCGCUUAGCGGACGAAAACGACCGUAAGGCUUUGAAGUUGAAGAGACAACUCGAAGCGAAACGCAGACAGCAAGAUGAAAAGAUUGGAACCUCAGGUGUGCGUCGCGGAGACGAUUACGACGACGAGGACCAACCAGCGUACGCACUGUUUGAGCAAAGAUAUGGCAAUGAAGACUACGAUAUAGAGGAUGAUUUUGUGGACGAUGGAGAAGAAGAAGAGGUCGAAGAAGAUGAAGAUGGAGAAGACGAAGAAGAGGAAUUUGAAAAGGGAGCCGAACGCUUGAAACAACUCAAGAACGAGGGCGCCUCCAAGUAUCGUAGCACCCCAGAAGGGGACGAUGAGGAACAAAAGCUGAGAAAGAAAAGACGGAUUAUAGAUUCGGAUGAAGACGAGUAG